CUUUGUCCAAAGUUUUUGCAUACCAACUCUACCAGUCACACCUGGCCUUUCAGUGCAAUUGCAGAACUUAUAGAUAACGCUUAUGAUCCAGAUGUGAGCGCUAAACAGAUAUGGAUAGACAAAACGGUGAUAAAUGACAACAUAUGCUUGACGUUCACUGAUAAUGGAAAUGGCAUGAACUCAGAGAAGCUGCACAAAAUGCUAAGCUUCGGCUUCAGUGAGAAAUCUGUGAUGAAUGGCCGUGUUCCGGUGGGACUAUAUGGAAAUGGGUUUAAAUCAGGUUCUAUGCGCCUGGGAAAAGAUGCAAUAGUCUUCACCAAGAACGGAGAAACCAUGAGUGUGGGUCUGUUAUCUCAGACUUUCCUUGAAGUCACAAAAGCAGAACACGUCAUGGUUCCUAUAGUGACAUUCAACAACCAACGACAGAUAAGUGAUCCAACAGAAUCCAAAAACAGCCUGAAGGCCAUCUUAACACAUUCUUUAUUUUCUACUGAGGAGAAAUUACUGGCAGAGCUAGAUGCUAUAAUAGGGAAAAAAGGAACAAGAAUUAUAAUUUGGAAUCUUAGAAGAGAUAAAAAUGAAAAAACAGAGUUUGAUUUUGACAAGGAUAAAUACGACAUCAGAAUUCCGGAGGACUUAGAUGAAACUGGCAAAAAAGGGUAUAAAAAACAAGAGAGACUGGACCAGAUUGUUCCAGAAAGUGACUAUUCUCUGAGAGCUUAUUGCAGUAUUUUAUAUCUGAAGCCAACAAUGCAGAUCAUUCUGAGAGGACAAAAAGUGAAAACACAGCUGGUUUCCAAAAGCCUUGCCUUCAUUGAAAGCGAUAUAUAUAGGCCAAAAUUUUUGAACGCUAAAACAGUAAGAAUUACUUUUGGAUUUAACUGCAGAAACAAAGAUCACUAUGGAAUAAUGAUGUACCAUAAAAACAGACUCAUCAAAGCUUAUGAAAGAGUUGGCUGUCAGUUGAAGGCAAACAACAUGGGUGUUGGUGUAGUUGGGAUUAUUGAAUGCAACUUCCUAAAGCCAACUCAUAACAAACAAGAUUUUGACUACACAAAUGAAUACAGACUUACAAUAGCAGCAUUAGGAGAAAAGCUUAAUGAUUACUGGAAUGAAAUGAAAACAAAGAAAAAUGAAGAAUAUCCAUUAGCGUUGCCAGUUGAGGAGAUACAAAAACAGCCUGAUCAGACGUGGGUACAAUGUGAUGCAUGUCUGAAAUGGCGGAAGCUGCCAGAUGGAAUAGAGCAAUUGCCAGAAAAGUGGUACUGCUCGCUGAACCCUGACCCACAAUUCCGGAAUUGCAACGUGCCAGAAGAACCAGAAGAUGACGACUUAAUACAUCCUACAUAUGAGAAAACUUACAAGAAAAAAGACAAGGAAAAACUGAAGAAGCGACUAGAGUACCACCAGAUCAAUAAUGAAAUGUUUUUAAAAACACCUGUGUCUUCAAGUAAAGACUUCAAAACAUUCUCAGCUGUGAGUGGAAGGGAAGCUGUUCCACGAUCUCUUUUACCAGAAACAUCAAAUGCUUCUGUCAAAAGACCUCUGCUUAUUUUAAAUAGAUCAGUAUCUUCACCACAUUCUGAUUCUGAUAACAGUCUUAAACGGAAGACACCUAGUUGUGUGACACCUGUGUCGUUAAAGAAACCUCGAUUAAAGGACAAAACAUUCAACAACCAUGAUGAUGAUGAUGAUGAAGAUGUCAUUAUUUUAGAGGAGAGCAGUACUCCAAAGCCUUCGGCAGAUUCUGAUGUUCCUGUAGUAAAAACUGAAUUUAUUCAUUUGGAUCAAGAGGAGAAGCAGAAAGAAAACUGUGAUGUCAGAGAACCCUGCAGCGCAGCUACUUCAGAAUCAAAAAGUGAACAGUUGACCUCAGCAACACAGACAGAGGUCCCAAACUUAGUUGUUAAAAAGGAAGAGAUGGAGGAUGACACCGAUACUCAAGUUCCUAGGGCAGAGAUGGAAACUAAACAGUACCACGCUAAUGGUGUUGCUGAGACAUCUGUAGAUCUUGGAAACGAACUGCAAAAAGAGCUGCAAUUAUUAAACAAAGAAAAAGAAAUGUACCAAAACAAAUGUGAAGUAUUAACUAAACAAGUAGAAACACUGGAACAGAGGAUUUUAGAAAUGAAUAAUAAGUAUGUAAAAAAAGAAAUGUGCCAUCAGUCAACUGAGACAGUUUCUUCAUUUGAAGAAGAAAAUGUUCAUGAAAGAAGUUUAGCAGAAGUGUCCAUUCUCUAUGAACAGGCCUUAGAAGAAAUAGCAAAACUAAAGGAACAAUGCAGUACCCUGCAGAACUUAAAAACUGAAUGCAGCAAAUGUGCUGAUAGUGAAAAUAAGAGCGAAGUAGAUGAAAUUGCUGUGCAACUGGAUGAUGUUUUCAGGCAACUGGACAAGUGCAGCAUUGAGAGAGACAGAUAUAAAAGUGAGACUGAACUACUAGAAGUGGAAAAAAAUCAAAUUGCCUGUCAGUGUGAAGAACUCAAAGCAGAAAUCGCACAGUUAAAAGCUUCAAUUCCACAAGCAGUAGCACAUGCAAAUGAUUCUACCACCAGUAAUGUAGAAGACUCUGUAAAUUUUUCUGAUGGAGAAAGCCUGAAACUACGCUCUCUUCGAGUGAAUGUUGGACAACUGCUGGCUACAAUCAUGCCUGAUCUAGACUUGCAGCAAGUAAAUUAUGAUAUUGAUGUAGUAGAUGAAAUUCUGGGACAAGUUGUAGAACAAAUGCAUGAAAUAAGUAGUACUUAAUAUCUUAAGAUUUCAGCAGACUCUUACUUGAUCUUCCAUUAUAACCUUUGUGUAGGUUCAAAACUGUAUAUACUGCUUCUUCACUUUAUAUAUUUGACAUAGUUUGAUCAAUAAGUGUAUAUACUCUAUGCGUUUAGAUGUUCCCACAGAUGCAGUGAGUGUUAUCUUCACUUCCUCUUAAAGGAACACUGUCAAUAUUGACCAACACUGAUGUACUUAAUUAAGGAUUUUGCUUUUAAAAUGUAUUUGUAAUUUGCAAAUAUUUUUAUUAUUAGGAAUCUUAAUACUUUUCUACAAAAGCUUUUUCGUUGACUUUUGAUCUUAUAUAAGCAUUAAUACUUGCAAUUAUUUCCUCUUCUGAAAACUAAGUAGUAGAAUGUAUUAAAAAUGCAAAAAAGAACUUUCCUUGAUUUCCUGCUCAGAACAAACCUUAGUAGUGUUGUCAUAUACUACA